AUGAGAGUGCUCGGGCUGCAUAACGUGAAGUAUACUGAGAAGGCACUCGUAGAUGCCUCCAGUCACCUGAGGGGAUUGGUCGUGGAUUACGUACUCGAGCACUACAGGAAACCCCUCGGGGGCAUUCCUGGGAACAUGUGCGGGCGAGAACUGAUAGCAUUAGAGUAUGCAUCAGACGCAACGGACGGAGAAGGCAGCGUACGUGGACCUUCUACGUAUGCGCGCAUGAUGAGGAACACCAACAAGUAUGCGGGGAUCACGGAGCUACAUGCAUUGAGUGCCUUGUUGGAUGCCGUCAUCGUGGUCCAUUACUCGGGAGGGGAUGGGCGGCACGAACUCUUAGACACUCUCAAGAGAGGACCCUCGCACCUCAUCAUCUUGCACGUGUUGUUCGACCCCCAGACUAAGCACUACUCGCCGAUCCUAUGCAGCGAGCUUUCGACCGAGAAGGGUUAA